GCUGGUACCUCGGAAGGCGGCCGGCGAGCGGACAGGCGUGGGGUGCUGGUGGCCGGCCGCGCCACGCCGCAGGAGCAGCCGCCUCCGCCUUGCACCACUGCACCAUGGCCGGCCAGCUGGAGCGUUGCGAGCGCGAGUGGCACGAGCUGGAGGGAGAAUUUCAGGAACUGCAGGAUGCUCACAGGAUCUACAAGCAGAAGCUGGAGGAGCUGACCGCACUCCAGACUUCGUGCAGCAGCUUCAUCAACAAGCAGAAGACACGCCUCAAGGACCUGAAGCACACACUCCAGAGGUACAAGCGCCAUGCCAGUCGGGAGGAGGCAGAGCUCGUUCAGCAGUUGGGUGCCAACAUCAAGGAGCGACAGAACAUCUUCUUCGACAUGGAGGCCUACCUGCCCAAGAAGAACGGGCUCUACUUAAAUCUGGUUCUCGGCAAUGUGAACGUGACCCUUCUCAGCAACCAGGCCAAAUUUGCCUACAAGGAUGAGUAUGAGAAGUUCAAGCUCUACCUGACCAUCAUACUGCUCCUGGGCGCUGUGGCAUGUCGAUUUGUCCUUCACUACAGGGUGACAGACGAAGUCUUUAACUUCCUGCUGGUAUGGUAUUACUGCACCCUGACGAUUCGGGAGAGUAUUCUCAUCAGCAACGGCUCGAGAAUCAAAGGCUGGUGGGUGUCUCACCACUACGUGUCCACGUUCCUGUCUGGAGUGAUGCUGACCUGGCCCAACGGACUAAUUUAUCAGAAGUUUCGCGAUCAGUUUUUAGCGUUCUCCAUUUUUCAGAGCUGUGUCCAGUUCCUGCAAUAUUAUUACCAGAGGGGCUGCCUCUACCGGCUGCGGGCCCUAGGGGAGAGGAAUCACCUGGACCUCACGGUGGAAGGAUUUCAGUCCUGGAUGUGGCGAGGCCUCACCUUUCUUCUGCCCUUCCUGUUCUGUGGCCACUUCUGGCAGCUCUACAAUGCCAUUACGUUAUUCGAGCUCUCCAGCCACGAAGAAUGCAGAGAAUGGCAGGUAUGGUGUGUGUGUGUGAUGUGUGUGGAGCGUGUGUGCGCACUGGUUGGGGGGUUCCUGGGGAAGGUUGGGGCCGCUUGGGGAGAAUUCCCUCAUCAGCUCCCCCUGUCCCCUGCCUGCCCUGUAGGGCCCAGCGGUCCAGAGCUCGCUGCAGCUGGGGCCUGGGAGACCGUGGGAGGGAAUUCAGGAGACCAGGGAGACCCUCAGUGGUCUGAGAAACCCAAGGAGGUUCGCGCUAGGAGGGGGGCCGCGGGAGGAGCCCCCCAGGACUCUGCCUGACCCCCUAGGACUCACACCCUUCACCCAGUUAGCCCAGAUCUCUGCCUUCUGCUGGCAAACGCUGCAGUUUGCAGGGAGCUUGUGCCGAGGGGGUUCUGAGGUCCCGGGGGGCGCGGGGGGCAUGUCAGCAAGGAGAGCUGACCCAAGCCGGCGCGGCCUUUGCCUUCUUUCUCUUGUGCUGUCUGCCUUGCCUUCCCCGCCCUGGGCACCCCCCUUCUCUGCAUGCCCCCCGCCCAGGUGUUCGUGUUGGCGCUUACGUUCCUUGUCCUCUUCCUCGGCAAUUUCCUGACCACACUCAAAGUCGUGCACGCCAAACUCCAGAAGAACAGA